UUCAGACGACUGUUUUGUAAACAGCAGCAGACUACCCAAAUGUCUUAUCGGUGCCAAAGAUUGGCGUUGACUUUGCGUUAACCUGCUAAAUACUGGUUCAAGAACAUGGACGGCCCUCCUCAAGGCGCCCCGGACACGCCCACGGCUCGUUCUGACUAUGACGACGAGGAGAACACCGUUAGCACGGGAAAAGAUAGCGAAAUUCGAGAAGAGGGGGAGGGUGGUGAGGAGAAGGAGACAGCGGACCUGCCCCCACCUGUUCUCAUCAACCAAUACAGCCCAAAUGACAUCCAAGCACUUGUUGGGAAAAUCAAGCGAUGUACAACUCUCUUUGAUCUGGCCGAGGAAGAUUGGAAUGAUGAAGUAUACUCAGUUAUAAAAGAUUAUUUUGAAUUACCUGGCACAGAAGUCCUGAGUAUAUAUUUCAAUGAUUUGAAGCUCGAAGCAACACUUCACAUUCCUACAUCGCCAAUUCGCGAUCUAACGUACUUUAUCAAGGAUUCAAAUGAUAUUGUCACAGUUGAAAAUUUCCAUGACUUUGUUAUGUUUGGAACAAUGGAUACAACCGUGGAAGGAUCCCUGUUAGCAGUUUUAGAAAACGUGUAUGCUCCUGUAUUUUUUAAUACAACAACAUGGCCUGACAGUGUGAAAAGUGACUUUUGUUCACAAAUGCACAGCUUUUUGGGAAAUUUGACUGACUUAAGACACAAAAUGCUCGCUGUAACUGUAAUUUAUGUACCUAAAGAAGGUUUGAACGUCGAUGUUGAUGAAGCACAACAUGAUAAGGAAUUGAUAAAACGCUUAGAAGGGGUUGUUGUCCAUUGGAUGAAGCAAAUUCGAGUAGCCCUAGGUGAUAAAGAUCAGUCCACCAUAAAUGAGCUUUUGUGCCCUAAAGAUGAAUUUUCAUUUUGGAAAUACAGAUAUGAAAAUCUUCGAGGCUUACAACAUCAGCUGGAAAAUAAAGAUCUAAAGCAUAUAUGCAACAUCCUCAAUGCUUCUCAAUCUGCAUACAUUAAUAAUUUUUAUCUCCUACAAGAUGAGAUAAUGGAAGCCUUGCUGGAAGCAAAAUCAAAUGUGGAAUAUCUGAGUCUCUUAAUGGAUCCUUGUAAUCAAUUAGAAGAAGUUGAGUCUGUUUCUGAGAUUCCAGAACGUAUUCCUGAUAUUCUCAGCCUCUUUAGGGUAAUCUGGAAUAACUCCCCUUAUUACAAUUCAACAUCCCGCUUGACAGUGCUCUUUAGGGCUCUAAGUAAUCAGAUAAUUCUUCAGUGUGUAUCUACAGUUGAUCUAGAUGAAAUAUUGCAUAAUGGCAGCACACAUUCAGGCAUUAAAAUUUUGAACAACUGCAUAACUUGUUGUGAGCACUACAAAAUGCUCUAUGAUAAGAUUGCAAGCGCCCAUGUACGACAUACAAAUAAAUCAUGGGAUCUGGAUCGAGCCACUAUUUUUAAUCAUGUUGACUCCUUUGUGCAACGGUGCAGGGACAUGAUUGAUGUUUGUGAAGCUAUGAUUGUCUUUGGGAGAGUUGAUGAAACAGAUGACAUUGCAAAGCCACAAUUUUUUGGCACCAGAGGCUCUGAAUUUGAGAAGAUUUGUGACAAAAUUGAACACAAUUUUUCUAGUGCUUUGCAAGACAUAAAAGAUGUGCAGCAUACAAUUCUUGACGUCCAAGCUUCAUCGUGGUAUGAUAGUAUUUUCAGAUUCCGUAAACGGAUACGUGAUAUUGAGAUAAUCAUUGACAAUCUAGUGGCUGCAGCUUUUGAGAAUGUUAAAAAUGUUGAGGAAGGAAUUGAUGUCUUAUGGGCCACAUACCAAUAUGCUAAACGGCCCAACCUGAAAGACUUAUUUGAAAAGAAAACUUUUCAGGUUUAUGACUCUUUCAGUUGUGCAAUGUUGAAAAUGAAAACAAUGUUGGUUGCUGACAAAGAAAAACACCCAUUUGUUAUGCCCUCAUAUUCAGGUCGAGCUAUGAUGGCCUUAAUGAAGAAAAGGGAGCUAGGCAAAGUUUUAGAUGUAAAUUUAUUCCAAUUUGUAAUCGGUCUGAAAUGCACCUAUUAUGCAUUUUUUACCUUAACUUCUUAUAUUCCAAAAUUUUUACAGAAACUUAAUGAAGCAGAAUGGAUGAUCCUCUCCAGAAAGGGCGAAGAAGUCAGGAUACAUUUCAAAAAACUCUCUGAAUCAGUUGAUGAUUACAUUAGAGAUUUGCACCGUAAAUGGCUUUUCUCCCUUGAUGAUGAUGUAUCAAAACUUCUUAAUCGUAAGCUACUGGUUCAUAGCACUUCCAAACCGGGAUUGUUGGAGCCAAAUUUUGACAAGCAGAUUAAACACAUUGUACAAGAGGCUUGGUACUGGUCAGACAUGAGCAUGUCUGUUCCGACAGCUGUUCAACAGUUAGCAAACCGUUGGAAAAGCUUAAGUUUUCUUUAUGAGAGUGUCUUAACUGUGGCUCUUGACUACAAUCGCAUAAUCUCUUCACUCUCUGAUGAAGAGCGCCUUCUUUUUAGAGAACUGAUAAAAGGUUGUGACAAGAAAAUAAAUCCUGGCUUACAACGUUAUACCUGGGACACAGAUGUUGCUGACAUUUAUAUGGUUGAAUGUUUAAGCUUUACAAGUUUGGUUCAGGAUAUUAUUGAUGAUUAUAAAAGCUCAGUGCAGCAGAUUGUGAUUCUCUGUGAGCGUAUUUGUGAUUCUCCUCUUGUAAACAUCCCGCAAACAAAGGCUUAUGAAUUGAAAGAUUUAGAUAAUUUGAUGUAUGAAUAUAGAAAGGGGGUAACUAUAAAAAUUGUUCAACAUUAUAAAGAUGUAAUUGACUAUCUUUGGUUUGUUUCUGAAAAAUUUGAUGACCACAUGAAUGAUAUGGUUGAUCAUUGGGCAAGGUUUAUCUCUAAAAUGGACCUUUUAGUAGAAGAAUCUCUGAAGAUGUGCUUUAAAAACUCACUGCAAGUUAUGUAUGAAGUUUUACAUGGAGAUGGGACCACAGGUCCGAGCCCUAUAAUAAUUUUGCGAACAGACUUGGUCAACAAUCAGAUAACUUUUGAGCCCACUCUCUUAGAAGUUGGAACAAUGGUUUCAAGAGUGCUCAAAAGUUUUUUGGACAGCCUGAAAGGUGUCCCUAGACUUUGGGAAAGAUUUAAUACAAAAGUAAUUCACCCCUCAUUCUAUGAGGUCAUUGAAAAUGAUGAGGAAUGCAAGAAACUUCAAGCUAAUCUAAAUCAAGAGAUGGCAAACAAUGUUGAACAAUUGAAAAUCCAUUUAAAACAAUGGGAGCCUUACAGAGAUAUAUGGGAAGUUAACAAAGACCAUUGUGUAUCUCAGUACCCAAAAAGUAAUCCUACUGUUGCAGUGUUUGAGGCAGAUAUUGCAAGGUAUGCAAGAAUGGUAAAAUUCAUAGAAAUCCACACUACCACUUUAUUUACUAAUGAACUUGUUGAAUAUCAUUGUUUAUUGAACAGAUAUAGUGAUACUGCAAACCAAGUACAAAUGCUGGAGACAAUAUCACCUGUGCAUUUUUUGCUUAUAAAUUCAACAGCGCUAAAGCAGGCCAUAAGUGAACACUGUGUAAUGUGGAGUACAAAGCUUUGUGCUCUUUUGCAAAGUCUUGCAUUUGAGAAAAUUGAUCACAUAUUUAAUUACACUUCAGAAAAUGCAAUUAGAAUAAAUGAAGAGCCAAAAAACUUGAAAGAUUUGCAGGAAUCUUUAGCUCUGUUUGAUCAACUUUUGUCUGAGGUUCCAGAGAAAGAAAAAGAGUUUCCCUUAAUAAGAGAGCAAAUGAUUGUGUUAAGAAAAUAUGAGGUGGAAAUUCCAAGCAAUAUGCAAGAAGCUGAACAAAUUUUAGAUCAACGAUGGCAGUGGUAUCUUGAUCAUCUUAAGUCAGGGGAAGAAAUGCUUGCUACGGCCAAGGACAUCUUCCAGAAAGGUUUACUGAAAGAAGCAGAUGAACUGAAAUUGAAAGCCCGAGAUUUAUUUUUAGAUUUCCUCCAAAAUGGUCCCUUUACAUCAAAAUGGAAGGCAGUUGAUGCUCUUGCUUACAUUAAGAAAAAAAGGGGGGAACUUCUUGAUUUAAGAAAACUGGAAGCUGAGCUUGGAGCAAAUCUUUCAAUUUUCCACAUAACAUAUCCAGAUAGUGUUGACCUUGCUAGUCUUGAGAAGGAUCUGACUGCUCUUGAUGUUGUUUGGCAAAUCACCAAUAAAUGGGAUCAAACUUGGGAUUCAUACAAAUUUGGAAAGUUUUUGGAAAUUCGUUCCAAUGAAAUGGAUGGCACGGCUCAAAAUUUGUUCCGUAAACUGAAUGUUGUACAACGCGAACUCAAAGAUAAAGACUGGGAAAUAAUUACUCACACACGAGAAAGAGUUGAAACUUUUAGAAAAACUCUGCCUCUCAUUACUGACCUAAAAAACCCAGCCAUGAGGGAUCGUCACUGGACUGCAAUACAAACAGCGUUAGGCAGAGACUUUGAUCACAGUUCUGAUGACUUCACUCUAGGAACUAUUAUUGAUAUGGGAAUGCAGAAUUAUACUGAAACAAUUAACAUUAUUUCUGUUGCUGCAACAAUGGAACUUGCCAUAGAGCAUCAACUGGACUCUAUAAGUGAAAUCUGGAAAGAAACAAGUCUAGAAAUGUGUUCACACGGGAGAGUGAAAAAUGUUUACUCCCUUAAAGGAGUUGAUCAUAUUUUUGAAAUUUUGGGAGAACAUCAAGUAGCUUUAGCAUCAAUGAAAUCCACAAAAUAUGUUGACCCCUUCAUUGACAGAGUAGAUUUUUGGGAAAAGACAUUGAGUUUAAUUUUAGAAGUUCUUGAAAUGACACUGGUUGUGCAACGUCAGUGGCUUUACCUAGAGAAUAUUUUUACUGGUGAAGAUAUUCGAAAACAGUUGCCUAAAGAAUCAGAAGAUUUUGAUGAACUAACUUCACUGUGGAAAGAAAUAACAGGAUUGAUGCAAAGCAACACAAAUGCCAUUAAGGCUACACAUCAUCUGGGUCUUUUAGACAAUCUUAACCAGAUUAAUUCAAAAUUUGAGGACAUUCAAAGAGCCCUUGAAAAGUAUCUUGAAACCAAACGCCACAUAUUUCCACGGUUUUACUUCAUAUCGAAUGAAGAUUUGCUUGAACUUCUGGCCAAUUCAAAAAAACCAGAUCUUGUUCAACCCCACCUGAAAAAAUUGUUCUGUGCCAUAAAUAAACUGAAAGUGGAGAAAGUAAUUUUUAAAUGGGAAUGCCGCGGCAUGUUCUCACUAGAUGGAGAGUUUGUUCCAUUUUCACUCCCAGUUGUACUUGAAGGUCCUGUUGAAAUGUGGCUGUGUGCUAUUGAGGAAGCUAUGCACAUCACUUUACGGGAACAACUAAAGCAGUGCUGCAAAGCACUUCGAAAAAAUUUAAGCAAGAGAGACAAUUGGAUUAAAGAUUGGGCUGGUCAACUUUGCAUUACAGCUAGUCAAAUACAAUGGACAACUAGUUGCACACGUACUCUAACACACUGUAAAAUCAUGGAUGGCAAAAAACCUCUCAAGAAACUACGUAAAAGAAUGGACCAAGUACUCAACAAGUUUUCUGACGCAAUACGAGGAAACCUGACAAAAAUCCAGAGAUUAAAAAUUGUAGGUAUGGUAACAAUAGAGAUCCAUGCAAGGGAUGUCAUUGAACAGAUGUACAAAGCAGGUUGUCAAGAUAUUCAAGCAUUUGAGUGGUUGAAACAAUUGCGAUUUUACUGGGACAAACAGAUUGAUGAUUGUGUGGUUCGUCAAACCAAUACCUGCUUUAGGUAUGGGUAUGAGUAUUUGGGUAACUCAGAACGCCUGGUUAUAACACCUUUAACUGAUAGAUGUUACAUAACAUUAACAACAGCUCUUCACCUCCAUCGAGGUGGGAGUCCCAAAGGUCCAGCAGGAACUGGAAAAACAGAAACUGUCAAAGAUUUGGGAAAGGCCUUGGGCUUAUAUGUCAUUGUUAUCAAUUGUUCAGAAGGCUUAGACUAUAAAAGUAUUGGAAAAAUGUUUUCUGGCCUGUCACAAACUGGUGCUUGGGGAUGUUUUGAUGAAUUCAACCGAAUUAAUAUUGAAGUACUUUCUGUUGUGGCUCAGCAAAUACUCUGCAUUUUAACUGCCUUAUCAGGCAAAAAUAAGCAAUUUAUUUUUGAAGGUAGUGAAAUUAACCUUGUAGAUUCAUGUGGAAUCUUCAUCACUAUGAAUCCAGGUUACGCUGGUCGUACUGAACUACCAGACAAUCUAAAGUCUAUGUUUAGACCAAUAGCUAUGAUGGUUCCUGACAGUGCUAUGAUUGCAGAAAUAAUGCUCUUUGCUGAAGGUUUUAGAGAAACAAAGACUCUGGCCAAAAAGGUUUUCACAUUAUUUUCACUAUCAAAGCAGCAACUAAGCAAACAGGAUCAUUAUGAAUGGGGACUGCGAGGGCUUGUCACCUUAAUUCGGUAUGCUGGAAAAAAGAGGAGAAGUCAGUCCCAUUUGCCAGAUGAACAGGUUGUUUUGCUUGCUAUGAAAGACAUGAACUUGGCAAAGCUGGCAAAGGAUGACGUGCCUUUACUUCUGGGAAUUUUAAAUGAUCUUUUCCCAGAAGUUGAUACUCCGCAGAUAGAUUACACUGAGUUGAUUGAGGUAGUAGAAGCAGAAUUUCAGGACAAGAAACUGCAGGUUACUGACAUUGCUAAGCAGAAAGUAAUACAACUCUUUGAGACCAAAAAUUCUCGCCAUUCAGCUGUACUUGUUGGCAAAACUGGUGCUGCAAAAUCUACGACGUGGAAGGUAUUGAAAGGAGCUCUCACACGCCUUCAUCUGAGUGGAAAAACUAAUUACAACAAAGUGGAGGAAUUUCCUAUCAAUCCAAAAGCACUGAAUCUUGCAGAAUUGUAUGGCGAGUUCAACCUAGCCACCAAUGAAUGGAUGGAUGGAGUGAUAUCCAACAUAAUGCGAUCCAGCUGUGCAUCAUCAACUCCUGAUGAGAAGUGGGUCCUAUUUGAUGGGCCUGUUGAUGCAGUGUGGAUAGAGAACAUGAAUAGUGUAAUGGAUGACAAUAAAGUCUUAACAUUAGUAAAUAGUGAACGCAUCACAAUGCCUGAUCAGGUGUCUUUGCUUUUUGAAGUAGAAGAUUUAGCUGAAGCAUCUCCGGCAACAGUUUCUCGAUGUGGUAUAGUGUACAAUGAUUACAAAGAUUUUGGGUGGAAACCUUAUGUUGACUCAUGGCUAGAGACCCAGAACAAACAUUUAUCUAUACAAAUGAAAGAGUAUUUUGAACAUUAUGUCAAUCCUGUUCUUGAAUUCAAAAGGUUGCACUGUUUUGAGCCAAUCCCUGUAGCUGAAAUAAGUGCUAUAUCUACCCUGUGCAAUUUGCUUUCAAUACUGGCAACCAAAGAAAAUGGAGUAGAUCCAGCAGAUGAAGAAAAUUUUGCUCCUCUAUCUAAGUUGUGGUUCCUUUUCUGUAUGGUGUGGUCCCUGUGCGCUGGUGUUGAUGAGAUCGGACGCAGGAAAUUGGACAACUUUGUCCGUGAAAUGGAAGGAGUUUUCCCCCUCAAAGAUACUAUCUAUGAGUAUUAUGUUGACGUAAGAGCAGUUUCAUUUGCAAACUGGGAAGAUAAACUUUCAGAUAGUUGGAAGUUCAAUGCUUCCCUUCCCUUCUUUAAAAUAAUUGUGCCAACUGUGGAUACAGUCCGUUAUGAAUUUGUGAUAUCACACCUCUUAAAAACUGGUUAUCGCCCCCUUCUUGUUGGGCCAGUUGGUACAGGUAAAACAUCCACGGCAUCAACUGUCCUAGAGUCAAUGGACCGUCUUAAAAUGUUUAUGCUUGUGAUCAACAUGUCUGCUCAGACAACUUCUAAAAAUGUUCAAGACAUGAUUGAAAGCCGUCUUGAAAAAAGGACCAAGGGAGUGUAUGUUCCUCGGGAAGGUAAAUCCAUGUUGACGUUUAUGGAUGAUUUAAACAUGCCUGCAAAAGAAGUUUAUGGUGCUCAGCCUCCACUAGAGCUCAUAAGGCAAUGGAUAGAUUAUGGAUUUUGGUAUGACAGAGCAAAGCAGGUUCGCACUUUUGUCAAGGAUAUAUUUCUUAUGGCGGCCAUGGGACCUCCUGGCGGAGGCAGAAAUACAAUAAGUAAUAGGCUUCUCAGUCGGUUCAGUAUAAUUAAUAUGACUUUUCCUUCCGAAGCGUCUAUUCUGCGUAUUUUUGGUACUAUGUUAAACCAGCAUCUGUCAGAUUUUGAUGAACAGUUAAAACAAAUUGCCUCAAAUAUAACACAGGCAACUGUGGACUUGUAUGAAAAUGUUACUCGAAAAAUGCUUCCUACGCCAGCUAAAAUGCAUUAUCUCUUUAACCUUCGGGAUAUUUCAAAGGUUUUCCAGGGGCUUUUACGUAGCCAUAAAGACUAUCAAAAUACAACAAAUUCCUUGCUUCGUCUUUGGGUCCAUGAAUGUUUCCGUGUCUUCAGUGACCGCUUGGUUGAUAAAAAAGACCAUGACAUUUUUUAUGACUUUGUUAAUGACAUUCUUGGAAAAUACUUUGAACAGACCUUCCACAGUGUGUGUCCUUCCAAGAAGCCCCCCAUAUUUGGAGACUUUUGUAAUAAAAGUAAUAUUUAUGAAGAUUUAAUUGAUAUGCCAGCACUUCGUAAAUUUUUGAAUGACUUGCUACAAGAUUACAACAUGAAGCCUGGUAUAGUUCCAUUAGACCUUGUUCUGUUUCAAGAUGCAAUUGAGCAUGUCACUCGCAUUGCUCGUGUUCUAACUCAACCACGUGGAAACAUGCUUCUCAUUGGUGUUGGUGGUAGCGGAAGACAAUCUUUAUCAAAAAUAGCAACGCUUCUUUGCAACCUAUCUGUGUUUAGGGUAGAGGUUACCAAAUUUUAUCGGCUACAGGAGUUUAAAGAGGAUAUGAAGUUACUCUACGCUAUGGCAGGACUUGAAAAUAAACCAUCAUGUUUUCUUUAUUCUGACGCACAGAUUACUGAUGAACGGUUUGUGGAAGUCAUCAAUAAUAUUCUCAGCAGUGGUGAAGUACCGAAUCUCUAUAAACCCGAUGAAUUUGAGGAGAUUAAAAACCGCCUGGAGGAUGCAAUUCGCCGUCAGAAAAUACCACACACCACUGAGGCCAUUUAUAAUUUCCUCAUUGACCGUGUUCGUUCUAACUUACAUGUCAUCCUUUGCCUCAGUCCUAUUGGCGAAGCUUUUAGGGACCGUUUACGACAGUAUCCUGCUUUAAUUAACUGCACUUCUAUUGAUUGGUUUAUGGAGUGGCCCAAGGAGGCACUCUUGGAGGUUGCUGAUAAGUAUUUGAGAGGGGUGGAUUUACUUGUCUCAAUAACUGGUGCUCCAAUUGCAAGGGUUGUUGAAACAAUGGAGGACACAUUGUUUGAGUCACCCCAGGAUAAAAUUCGUGCCGCAUUAUCAUUCAUCUUCUCAACUGUUCAUAGCUCUGUCUGUUAUUACUCCAAAAAGAUGAUGAUUGAAAUGAAGAGAUAUAAUUAUGUCACACCAACAAACUAUCUUGAGCUUGUGGCUGGUUAUAAAAAAAUGCUCAAUGAGAAAAGGGAUGAGCUUUCAAAUGCUGCAAACAAGUUAAGAAGUGGGCUUAGUAAGAUUGAUGAGACUCGCGAGAAAGUUGAAGUCAUGUCAGUUGAACUUGAGGUUGCACAGACACAAGUAAUGGAAUUCCAAAAGCAAUGUGAUGAUUACCUUGUCAUAAUUGUGGCUCAACAACGAGAGGCUGACCUCCAACAGAAAGAAGUAGCUGUCAAAAAAUUGAAAAUUGGUGAAGAGGAGGUUGUGUGCAAAAAGCUUGCUGCUACAGCACAAGCAGAUCUUGAUGAAGCUAUGCCAGCCCUCGAAGAGGCCAUGCAUGCCUUAGACGCAUUAAAUAAAAAAGAUCUCACUGAAAUAAAGUCUUAUCCUAAGCCUCCUUACAAGGUUGAAAUGGUCAUGGAAGCAGUAAUGAUUCUUAAAAAAGUUGAACCAACUUGGGCUGAAGCAAAACGACAACUUGGUGAUGUUGAGUUUUUGAACAAGCUGCGUGAUUUUGACAAAGACCACAUUUCUGAUAGAGUUCUUAAAAAAGUUGGUACAUACACAUCUAGAGAAGAAUUUGAUCCAGAAGCUGUGGGUGUUGUUUCAACAGCUGCCAAAAGUUUAUGUAUGUGGGUGAAAGCUAUUGAAAAGUAUGCUAAAAUAUACAGAAUUGUGGCCCCUAAAAUUGAAAAGCGAGAUGCUGCUUUGGCAUCUCUAAGAGAGAAGCAACAAAUGCUUGCUGCUGCAGAAGCAAAAUUACAGGAGCUGGCUGAAACAUUGGAGAGAUUAAAAACAGAGUAUGACGACAAACUUAAACAUAAGGAAGAACUAAGAGAUAAGGCUGCUCAAUUACUGGCAAAAUUGGAACGUGCUGCAGCAUUAGUGGAUGGUCUAGCUGGUGAACGAGAAAGAUGGACACAGACAGUAGCUCAUUUAGACUAUCAGUUUGAUCUACUGCCGGGUGAUGUGCUACUUGCAAUUGCCAGUGUGGCAUAUUUAGGUCCAUUUGUAACUCUGUACAGAGAUGAAAUGUUAGAAAUGUGGAGGAAGGGUAUUAUAGAAAAGGAGGUCCCAUUUUCGUCAGAUUGGUCCCUCUUUAACUUUUUGACUGAUCCAACAACAAUCAGAGAAUGGAAUAUUCAAGGCUUACCCACAGAUUUAUUCAGCACAGAAAAUGGUGUGAUUGUUACUCGUGCCAACCGAUGGCCUCUCAUUAUUGAUCCUCAAUGUCAAGCUUGGCGUUGGAUUAGAAACAUGGAGGAGGCCCAGGGUCUUCAUGUUGUUGAUUCAGGGCAACAUAGUUUCCUGCAAGAAAUUGAAUUGGCAAUUAAGAAGGGUGAACCAGUGUUACUGCAAAAUGUCACAGAAACCCUUGACCCAGCUAUCGAGCCAAUUCUAUCAAAGGCAAUCAUACAAGUUGGGAACACACUUCAGCUGAAAAUGGGUGACCACACAGUACAAUAUCAUCCUAACUUCAGGUUUUUCAUGACAACAAAACUUCCAAACCCACAUUAUGCCCCAGAAGUCUCAACUAAAACAACUAUUGUAAAUUUUGCUAUUAAAGAGGAAGGACUUGAAGGACAGCUAUUGGGUAUAGUUGUUCGUAAAGAGAAACCAGAAUUGGAGGAACAGAAAGAUCAGCUCGUGCUGUCAAUUGCUGAUGGUAAAAAGACUUUAAAAACGUUGGAAGACGAACUGCUGCGCCUUUUGAACGAAAGUGAAGGUUCCUUAUUAGACAAUGAAGAACUUUUCUCUACACUUCAAGUUUCAAAAGCUACUUCUAUUUCUAUUACCCAGUCUCUACAGACAUCUGAGAUCACAGAAAUUGAAAUUGAUUCUGCAAGAGAGGCUUAUCGUCCCUGUGCUCAAAGAGCAUCAAUACUGUUCUUUGUUCUGAAUGAUUUGAGUCGGAUUGAUCCAAUGUAUCAAUUUUCCUUAGAAUCAUAUAUACAGUUAUUUAUUAUUUCUAUUGAAAAGAGUCCUAAAAGCAGUCAAAGGGAAGACAGAAUUGUGAAUCUCAAUGAAUAUCAUAGCUAUUCAUUUUUCAAGAACACUUGUCGUGCUCUUUUUGAGAAACAUAAAUUACUAUUUGCUUUCUUUAUGUGUAUUAGAAUUUUAGAGGCUCAGAUGAAAAUGAGUCAUGUGGAGUAUAACUUUUUUCUCAAAGGAGGUGUUGUUUUGGAUAGAGCAACUCAACCAGACAACCCUUGUGCUUGGCUGGAUCCUGUGUGUUGGGAUAAUAUAACAGAACUGGAUAAACUGCCUGGGUUCCAUGGUUUAGUUUCUUCAUUUGAACAAUUUGCACGUGAUUGGCACUCUUGGUACACCCAGCAAAAUCCUGAAAAUAGUCCCCUCAUAGGAGAAUGGCAAGAGCAAUGUACUGAAUUCCAAAGAAUACUAAUUGUCAGGGCAUUAAGACCUGAUCGUGUCACAUUCUGUGUAUCUGCCUUUAUAGUAAAUACACUUGGGACAAGAUUUGUAGAGCCACCAGUUCUGGACAUACGCUCUGUGUUUGAAGAUUCUAUUCCCCAAACUCCUUUAAUAUUUGUGCUUUCGCCUGGUGUUGAUCCAACUGCAUCUUUGCUCCAGCUCGCUGAGAGCAUGCAAAUGAUGGAUCAUUUUCAAUCUCUUUCCCUUGGUCAAGGUCAGGCACCUAUUGCUUCAAGGCUAAUGGAAAAGGGCAUUAGAGAUGGUGAUUGGGUGUUUUUGGCUAAUUGUCACCUAUCUCUAAGCUGGAUGCCAAGUCUUGACAAAAUGAUUGAGAAUUUGCAGUCACAAAAUGUACAUCCACGAUUCAGGCUUUGGCUGAGCUCAAGUCCCACUCCCGGUUUCCCUAUUCCCAUACUCCAAGCUGGUAUAAAAAUGACCACAGAACCCCCAAAGGGCUUGAAAGCAAACCUCAAACGUCUUUAUCACUCUAUGACUGAAAAUACCUUUGCUGCCUGUAAGCAUGCCGCCAAGUAUAAGAAACUACUCUUUGGAUUAUGCUUUUUCCAUGCGAUUCUCAUUGAGCGUAAAAAAUUCCAGCAAUUAGGGUGGAAUAUUGUCUAUAGUUUCAAUGAUUCGGAUUUUGAGGUCUCUGAAAAUUUACUCUCAUUAUAUCUUGAUGAGUAUGAAGAUACCCCAUGGGAUGCUUUGAAGUACUUGAUUGCUGGUGUCUGUUAUGGUGGGCACGUCACUGAUGACUGGGAUCGCCGUCUCUUGCAAACCUAUAUAUCCCAAUUAUUUUGUAAUGAUGCCCUUGAGCCCUCAUUCCGGUUAUCAUCUUUAACAACCUAUCAUAUACCGAGAGAUGGAUCGCUACAGUCGUACAGGGACUACAUCAAUGUUUUACCAGCUAUUGAUGACCCUCUGGCUUUUGGUCAGCAUCCAAAUGCUGACAUUACCGCUCUAAUAUCUGAAACACGAAUUUUAACAGAAACUUUGACUUCUAUUCAAUCAUCUUCGUCUGGGAGGGAGGGGGAAAAGAAAGAGGACCAAGUGUCUCAGUUGGCAGCUGAUGUUCUAAUGAAAAUACCUGAACCUAUAGACUUUGAGAGAACUGAAAAUCUUAUUGGGUCAACUAAAUCACCAUUGGAUGUUGUUCUCCUUCAAGAGAUAUCAAGGUACAAUAGUCUCUUAGUCACCAUCAGGGAUUCAUUGAAAGACCUGCAAAAAGCUAUUCGUGGAGAGGUUGUUAUGUCAUCUCAGUUGGAGGAGAUCCUUGAUUGCAUCUAUGAAGGCAGAGUACCCCCUGCCUGGCUAAGAGCAUAUUCAUCUAUGAUGCCCCUGGGAUCAUGGACCAGAGAUCUCUCACUCCGUGUUGAACACUUCUCUCACUGGGCUGAGACAACACAUUCUCCUGUUUUAUUUUGGCUUGCUGCUUUCACAUUCCCAACUGGUUUUCUCACAGCUGUUCUCCAGACAUCUGCACGAUCCUUAGCUGUGCCAAUAGAUACAUUGUCUUGGGAAUUUACAGUGCUUCAAGUGGAAGAAAACACUCUUGUGACUGGUCCCCAAGAGGGCGUAUACAUUCGUUCCAUGUUUCUGGAAGGAGCUGGGUGGGAUAGAAAGACAUCCUGUCUGGUCGAACCUUUGCCAAUGCAGUUGAUUGUCAGUAUGCCUGUGAUUCAUUUCAAACCAGUUGAAUUUGCCAAAAAGAAAACUAAAGGGUUGUACAGCUGCCCCUGUUACUACGUUCCUCAGCGGUGUGGCACUCAGGGUAGAGAAGCCUUUGUGUUACCGGUGGACUUGAAGUGUGGAGCAGAAACAUCAGAUCAUUGGGUCAAAAGAGCAACUGCUUUACUGUUAAGCUUGUCAAUUUAGAGCUGAA